GGAGAAUGAGCAGCUUCUCUCCAAAUGUUUCUACAUGAAGGUGGAAAACGUCUGUAAAUCGACCUGAAAUGAGUUCAGCAGGGAGAAAAAUGGUGACACCUAAAGAGGUUCUCUUGGGAACUUUGGAGGAUCUGGGAGAAGAGGACUUCAAAAAAUUCAAGUGGUACCUGCGGGAGCAGGGGGUCCUGCAAGGCUUCCAGGCAAUCCGAGAGAGUCGACUAGAAAAUGCAGACCGGAUGAACACAGUGGACCAGAUGUUCCAGGCCUACUGUAUUAACACUAUUAAGGUGGUCAGAAUGGUUUUAGGGAAGAUGAAAAAGAAUGACCUGGUAGAGAAUUUAUCAAAGUCCACCACAGAAGCUGCAGCGAUUCUUGCUGAGUGUCAGCAUAAACUCAAAUCCAACCUGAAGAAGAGGUUUGAAAGUGUGUUUGAGAAAAUUACAAAAGCAGGAAAUUCUAAUUCUCUACAUGAGAUCUACACAGAGCUCUACAUCAUGAUGGAAGAAACAGGAGAGGUCAACAAGGAACAUGAGAUCAGGCAGAUUGAAAAAGCAUCCUGGCAACCUGGAACUCUAAAAGCAGCCAUCAUAUGUGAAAACAUCUUUAAAGCCUCACCUGGGGGAGAUGAACCAAUCAGAACAGUGAUGACAAAGGGAGUGGCUGGUAUUGGGAAAACAGUCUUAACACAGAAGUUCACUCUGGACUGGGCUGAAGACAAAGCCAACCAGGACAUACAGUUCACAUUUCCAUUCACCUUCAGAGAGCUGAAUGUGCUGAAAGAGAAAAAGUUCAGCUUGGUGGAACUUGUUCAUCACUUCUUUACUGAAACCAAAGAAGCAGGAAUCUCCAGGUUUGAUCAGUUCCAGGUUGUGUUCAUCUUUGACGGUCUGGAUGAGUGUCGACUUCCUCUGGACUUCCACAACACUGAGAUCCUGACUGAUGUUACAGAGUCCACCUCAGUGGACGUGCUGCUGACAAACCUCAUCAGGGGGAAACUGCUUCCCUCUGCUCGCCUCUGGAUAACCACACGACCUGCAGCAGCCAAUCAGAUCCCUCCUGAGUGUGUUGACAUGGUGACAGAGGUCAGAGGGUUCACUGACCCACAGAAGGAGGAGUACUUCAGGAAGAAGUUCACAGAUAAGGAACAAGCCAGCAGGAUCAUCUCCCACAUCAAGACAUCACGAAGCCUCCACAUCAUGUGCCACAUCCCAGUCUUCUGCUGGAUCACUGCUACAGUUCUGAAGGAUGUGUUGAAAACCAGAGAGGGAGGAGAGCUGCCCAAGACCCUGACUGAGAUGUACAUCCACUUCCUGGUGGUUCAGUCCAAACUGAAGAACAUCAAGUAUCAUGGAAGAUCUGAGAGAGAUCCACACUGGAGUCCAGAGAGCAGGACAAUGAUUGAGUCUCUGGGAAAACUGGCUUUUGAGCAGCUGCAGAAAGGAAACCUGAUCUUCUAUGAAUCAGACCUGACAGAGUGUGGCAUCGAUAUCACAGCAGCCUCAGUGUACUCAGGAGUGUUCACAGAAGCUUUUAAAGAGGUGAGAGGGCUGUACCAGGACAAGGUGUUCUGCUUUGUCCAUCUGAGUGUUCAGGAGUUUCUGGCUGCUCUUCAUGUCCAUCUGACCUUCAUCAACUCUGGAGUCAAUCUGCUGUCAGAAGCAACAUGGUGGUCUGAACUAUUUAGAGACAAAUCCAAAUUCUCACGUCUUUAUCAGAUUGCUUUGGACAAGGCCUUAGAAAGUCCAAAUGGACACCUGGACUUGUUCCUUCGCUUCCUCCUGGGUCUUUCAAUAGAGUCCAAUCAGACUCUUCUACGAGGUCUGCUGACACAGACAAGAAGUUGCUCAGACACCAAUCAGAAAACAGUCCAGUACAUCAAGAAAAAAAUCAGUGAGAAUCUGUCUCCAGAGAAAAGCAUCAGCCUGUUCCACUGUCUGAAUGAACUGAAUGAUCAUUCUCUAGUGGAGGAGAUCCAACAGUACGUGAGAUCAGGAAGUCUCUCCACAGAGAAACUCUCUCCUGCUCAAUGGUCAGCUCUGGUCUUCAUCUUACUGUCAUCAGAAAAAGAUCUGGACAUGUUUGACCUGAAGAAAUACUCUGCUUCAGAGGAGGCUCUUCUGAGGCUUCUGCCAGUGAUCAAAGCUUCCAACAAGGCUCUACUGAGUGGCUGUAACCUCACAGAGAGAAGCUGUGAAGCUCUGUCCUCAGUUCUCAGCUCCCUGUCCUCUAAUUUGAAAGAGCUGGAACUGAGUAACAACAACUUGCAGGAUGUAGGAGUGAAGCUACUGUCUGCAGGACUGGAAAGUCCAUGCUGUACAACGGAAGUUCUAAGACUGAGUGGUUGUAACCUCUCAGACAAAAGCUGUGACGUUCUGUCCUCAGUCCUAAUCUCUCAGUUCUCUAGACUGAAAGAGUUGGACUUGAGUGACAACAACCUACAAGAUUCAGGAGUCAACCUGCUGCUUGACAAUCAUAAACAGUGCAGACUGAAAUUUCUCAGGUUGACUGGAUGUGACCUCUCAAAGUUGAGCUGUUAUACUUUGUCCUCAGUUCUAAGCUCUGAGUCCUCUAGUCUUAAGGAGCUGGACCUGAGUAACAACUACCUGCAGGAUUGUGGGGUGGAGCUGCUGUCUGCUGGAUUGGAGACUCCACACUGUACACUGAAAGGUCUCAGACUGAGUUGCUGUAACCUCUCAGAGAAAAGCUGUGAAGCUUUGUCCUCAGUUUUCAGCUCCCAGUCCUCUAGACUGAGAGAGCUGGACAUGAGUAGAAACAACCUGCAGGACUCAGGAGUAAAGCUGUUGUCUGCUAAACUUGAGAAUACAUGGUGCAGACUGGAAAGUCUCAGGCUGAGUGGAUGUUAUCUCUCAAAAACAAGCUGUGACGCUCUGUCCUCAGUUCUCAGCUCCCAGUCCUCUAGUCUAAGAGAGCUCGACCUGAGUAGCAACAACCUCCGGGAUUCAGGAGUGAAGCUGCUAUCUGCUGGACUGGAGAGUCCACACUGCAUAAUACAACGUCUCAGAUUGAACGGCUGUAAACUCUCAGAGAGAAGCUGCGGAGCUCUGUCCUCAGUUCUCAGUUUCCAGUCCUCUAGUCUGAUAGAGCUUGACCUGAGUAAAAACAACCUGCUGGAUUCAGGAGUGAAGGUGCUGUCUGCUGGACUGGAGAGUCAACACUGCAGACUGGAAACUCUCAGUCUGUCAUACUGUCUGGUCACAGAGAAAGGCUGUGCUUCUCUGGCCUCAGCUCUCAGCUCCAACCCCUCCCAUCUAAGAGAGCUGGACCUGAGCUACAAUCAUCCAGGAGACUCAGGAGUGAAGCUGCUGUCGGCUGGACUGGAGGAUCCACACUGGAGACUGGACACUCUCAGGUUGGACCAUUGUGGACCACAGAGAGUGAGACCUGGUCUGAGGAAGUACGCCUGUGAACUGGAACUGGACACAAACACAGUAAAUGGAAACCUCAAACUCUCUGACAACAACAGGAAGGUGACAUGUGUGAGGGCAACACAAGCAUUUAAUCCAAACCAACGUGAUCAACCAGUUCCAAUGGACUACUGGUCUCAGCUGCUGUGUAGAAAUGGUCUGACUGGUCGCUGUUACUGGGAGGUCGAGUGGAGAGGAGAUGUUCAUAUAUCAGUGAUUUACAGAAGAAUCAGAAGGAAAAGAGUCAGUGAAGAAUGUUUGUUUGGAGGAAAUGAUCAAUCCUGGAGACUGAGCUGCUCUGAUGUUCUUGGUUACUCUGUCUGGCACAACAACAGACAAAAAUCCGUCUCCUUCCCUUCACCCUCAUCCUCCUCCCCCUCCUCCUCCUUCUCCUCCUCCUCCUCCUCCUCCUGCUCCUCCGUUUGUCACAGAGUAGCAGCGUAUGUGGACUGUCCUGCUGGUACUCUGUCCUUCUACAGCGUCUCCUAUAACAGACUGAUCCACCUCCACACCUUCAACACCACAUUCAAUCAACCUCUGUAUCCUGGGUUCAGGAUCUGUCCUGGUUCCUCAGUGUGUCUGUGUCGUCUGUAGGUCUGAGAGUCUCUGCUGUGGACAGAAACUCUGCUGACAGUUGACUGUUCACCAUGACACACACUGCUCUGUGAAGCAGAUCUGUCUUAGACUCAGACACGAAACAUUCAUUUGUCUGAUUUCAUCACUUUGAUGAUCAACAUUUCAACACUUUUGUAAAAUGAUUUUCAUUCAUUCUCAUUUUUUUUGUCUCAGUUCCUGAAUGUAAAGGAAACAUUUCUACUGGCAGCAACAUAUUUUAACUGAUUUAUUAUUGGAGUUAAAAUGUUUACAUAUUCAGUUUGUAGAUUCAGGAUUUAAUCCAUGUUGGGAUUAAAAAAUCACCUGAUUUGUAAAAAUGUAGAAAUCAGCACAAAUGUUUGAGAGAAAGUGGAAAUGAACUAAAUAUAUUUCACAUCAAACUGUACAGUUUCUAAGUAAAAUCUGAUGAUUAGUGAAAGACACAGACUCUCCUCUUCUCUCAGAAUAUAUUCUCCAUGA